UGCGGGGCCGGGGCGGGCGCGGGCGGAGCUCUGCGGGCCGCGCCCCCGGCAGAGCCGGGCCAGGCCGCGGCCGGCGCCGCCGUCAGUGCGGGCAGCGGCGGCGGCAGCGCCAUGGCGGAGGCGCAGGAGGGGUCCGGGCGGCGCGGGAAGAGGGCCGAGGUCGGGGCGGAGGAGCCGGCGGAGGCGGAGGCGGAGCGGCCCGGCCGGCGGCGGCGGAGUUUCCAGCCGGCGGCGGAGCCCCGGGGAACCACCGUCCUGCACGACACCAUCAGCGCCCGCCCGCAGCCCCUGCCAGCGAGGCACUUCGACACCAGGACGACCGAGCCCAUCAGCUUCUUCUUGUCCGGCCUGGAGGAGCUGCUGGCCUGGCAGCCCGACGGCAACGACGACUUCAACAUCUCCGCCGUGCCGCUGGCGAAGCGCCAGCCCCCGCUCCACAGCAGGAGGCCCCGGACAUUGGUGUGCCAUGACAUGCGCGGCGGAUACCUGGAGGACAGGUUCAUCCAGGGCUCAGCCACACGCAACCCCUACGUCUUCUACCACUGGCGGUACAUCGACAUCUUCGUCUACUUCAGCCACCACACCGUCACCAUCCCGCCCGUGUGCUGGACCAACGCGGCGCACAGGAACGGCGUCCCCGUGCUGGGCACAUUCAUCACGGAGUGGACGGACGGGGAGAAGCUGUGCGAGGCGUUCCUGGCUGGCGGGGCGGAGGCGUACCGCGCCGUGGGCAAGCAGCUGGCCCGCAUCGCCCAGCACUACCGCUUCGAUGGCUGGCUGGUCAACAUCGAGAACACGCUGAGCGCGGCGGCGGUGGGCAACCUGCCCCCCUUCCUGCGGCACUUGACGGCGCAGGUGCACAGCGCCGUGCCGGGGGGGCUGGUCAUCUGGUACGAUAGUGUCCUGCGGAACGGCGCGCUGAGAUGGCAGAACGAGCUGACUGAGGAGAAUAGGGUGUUCUUCGACGCCUGCGAUGGGCUGUUCACCAACUACAAUUGGAAGCAGGAGCACCUGGAGCGCACGCGCGGGAUGGCCGGGCCACGCCACACCGACGUCUAUGUCGGUGUUGAUGUCUUUGCCCGCGGCGACGUGAUCGGUGGUGGCUUCGACACUGACAAGUCCCUGCGCCUGAUCCGCCAGCAUGGCCUGUCCGCAGCCAUCUUCGCUCCCGGCUGGGUCUACGAGCACCUGGGAGAGGAAAACUUCCUGCAGAACGAGAACAAGUUCUGGGCCUCGCUGGCCGAGUACCUGCCCACGCACAGCAUCUGCACGCUGCCCCUCGCCACAUCCUUCAGCCUGGGCAUGGGCACCAGCAGGUUCCUGGCUGGGAAGGAGGAAGAGCCGGGGCCCUGGUACGACCUGAGCGCGCAGGAGAUCCAGCCCUUCUACCCGGAGCGCGAGGGCAGGCUGAGCACCAGCUGCUGCCUGCAGGACGCCUGGUGCGGGGGCAGCUCCCUCAGGGUGCAGGGGACCAUCCCGCCCGGCGAGGAGCACGUGGCCGUCCGCCUUUUCUCUUUGCAGAUGCCGGCGCCCCCCAAGCUCUUCCUGACCCUGCUCUACAAGCUGGAGGGGCCGCACCCUGACGAGUUCGCGGUUGCGCUGGAGCUCACCACCUGGGACUCGGGUACCUGCCACGAGGGCAACGUCACCUCCCUGCCUGAGCCCAAUGGCCGGCACCACCCCCGGUUCCUCCCGGCACCGCCACCUGGCCUCGCCAAGCUGUUCGCCGUGUGCGACCGUGGCUCCAACGGCUGGACCAGCCGGUGCUACGAGCUGGACCUGCAGGACUGCAGCCUGCGAGACCUCUCCCUGCUCGUGUCCCGCCACCAGCCCAGCCCGCGGGAGACGUCCUUCACCUGCCUCCUCGGGGAGGUCCGGGUGCUGGACGCGGCCAGCGUGGCGGCCUCCCCGCCGGAGGUGCAGAGCGUGUCGGCCUCGCAGCUCUGGUGGAAGGAGGGCCCCGAGGCGGAGCAGCUCUCGCUCAGCCUCACCCUGCGCUGGGUCUUCCCGCCCGGCCGCGCCGCCUGCUUCCGCGUCCUCAGCCUGGGCGCCCGCUGCCGCCGGGGCCAGACGUCGCCGCAGCUCCUGGGGCUGGCACACGCCUGCCUGUACCGUGCCGUGGGCCUGGUGGUGCCGCGGCCGGCGGCCGGGCAGUCCUGCCGGCUGGAGCUGCUGGUGGAACCGGUGCUGCGUGACCAGCUGCCCGUGGACCCCGAGCGCUGGGGGCGGCUGGUGUUGGUUUACUCCGACCCGGCCGGCAGCGCCAGCGGAGACGGGUAUUAAAGGCGAGCGUGGCGCAGCCCUGCGUCCGUGUCUGCUCCGUGCUGGUGGGUGGGCUGCGGGCGGGGGGCACGGCAGAGCCGCUGCCAGCGGGGCUAAGAGGGUGGGUGCUGCAUUUCCUCACCCUGGUUCAGCAGGUCCCUCUUUGCCCACCGCUGUCGCUGAGCGCAGCCCUCACCAUGGGGGUCCACAGGGUGCUGGCCAGGGCCCUGCACCAGGGGCUGCCCAGGGACCCCCUGCGCCAGCUCCUGCAGCCCUCGCCACCUGCAAACUGUGCAUGUCCAGGCUGGGGGUGCUUGCCCUGAGACCUGCCCCCCCGAACCCUGCACCCACCUUGGGGACCAGCCCGGCUCCGCUGUGGUGCUGAGCCCCGAGGAGCAUCCCAGCGCCGGCAGCCGCUGCUCCCGUCCUCCACCACCCACCUCAGCACCGCCCGGCCCCGCUGCCCUCGCCCCUGGGCUGGCAGGACGCGGCAGUGCCCCGGCUGCCUCCCCUCCAUAUCUUAUGCGGAGAAGGAGAGAAAAUUUAUAGCAGCAAUUAUUUUCUCACAGUCUGGUGAGCAAGCAAUUAGGAGGCAGGGAGCAGGCGAGCGCACCGCGCAGCGGGGUCACCCAGCCCCAGCUCCCUCCCAGCGCCGGCCCCGGGCCCACAAACAAUGCUGGCUCCCGGUCAGGAAAAUUAAUAUGUCAGCAGUUAAGCUGCUGCUCCUCCGGUGGGGGACUCGCUCUGAAAUGAAUUAUCUGACAGUUUGAAAAAUGAAGGGCUUGGCACAGCCAGGGGAGGGCUCCUGCCGUGCUGGCACCCCAUUACCUUGCCAUGGCGAGGCCGGGGGCCGCGGCGGGACCCCCCUUCGCCUGCUGCCGGCUGCAGCCCCCUGCCCAGCGGCGUGCCGGGACGGCCAGACCCGCUGUGCCCAUCGCCCCCGCGCCAGCAUCCCAGUCAAAACCUG